UAAUUUUCCAAAUCUCUUCAAAAUUGUUGACUGAGACUUUCCAAGUUUGACCUACGAUAUCGUGGCCUGACACAACCUGUUGAUUCUCACCCUAUUUCCUUGUCUGACGAUUCUAAGAUGAUGUUUCUACUCCUCUUGAGCCUCACUUCUUUCGUUGCUUCUACACCAGUUGAACAAGUUAGAGGGAUUGACAACUACUUCCCUACAUACUUCGUGCGAGCUGCGGGAAAUCAUGGUCACAAUCACGUGACCCCAACGGACAAGUUCGUUGGUUUUUCUGCUGGUCUCACCAGCAUGGUAAAUACCAACGACACAGACCUCAUCGUUUAUGACCGUGUCUUCUUGAACAUGGGUAAUGGCUAUAACUCAAAUACCGGGGUGUUUACAUGUCCAAACGCAGGUACUUACGCCUUUCUUGUCCAUGGAGUUUCGACUGCCACCAGUCAGCUGAACUUAGACUUGUAUCGCAACAACAACUAUACUGUCAGUGUGUUUGCCCAUGCUCGUAAUGGCUACGCAUCUGGUCACCAAUCCAUUGUCUUACAGUUGGAUGAACAGGACACUGUGUUCGUCCAAGCCAGAGGUGUCAAUUCCAUGUAUGGACAACGUAAAGAAGUAUAUAGCACAUUUUCUGGUUUCAUGGUAGUUCCCCAAAUUGGUCGUACCGGUGUCGUCACGACUCCGCCACCCAUGGGAAAUAUCAUCGGAUAAAUGACGUUCUUUACCUUACUUUGUGUAAUGAAUGUUACCAAAUAUCUGUUUGUGUACAUGUUUGGGCAUCACCCCAGCGUCGUAAAAAUAAAUAUUCAAGAAACUUA